GGAUAACUGAGGCAGCACAGUAAGAUAAUACUGUUCUCAUUUCAUGCAGACAUGGUUAACCUUUCUUGCACAUCAGGUCUCUAGACACGGGUGUCAAAAACGUUCAGAUACAAGUCUAAUUCAUCACCACUUAAAUCCCAGUACAUGCAGCGUCCGCAUGACGUCAUCGGCGUGCGACUUUAUUUACUUGUGGUCCAGUUCGCCGCUGCCCCGCUGCAAUGGAAGUAAACAGGGACGAAGCGGAGCGUUGCAUUGACAUUGCAACUGCGGCGUUGACCGGCGGCCACCCGGAUAAGGCUCAGAGGUUCCUGGAGAAGGCGCAGAGACUGUUUCCCACCGAGAAAGCAAAGGCACUUCUGGAGCUAAUAGCAAAGAAUGGAUUCACACCCAGACAAGGCGGUCACUCAGACUUCAACGGGGUCCCCAGGCCUCGAAUGCAACAUCAGCCAACCAGUAAUAAUACCAGACCUGAAGAGAAGGCUUCAGAGACAUCAAAACCCUACACAGCUGAUCAGCUAGAUGCUGUGAGGAGGAUAAAACAAUGCAAAGACUUCUAUGAAAUUCUCGGGGUCCAGGCUGACGCUCCUGAAGAUGAACUCAAAAGAUCGUACAGAAAACUCGCUUUGAAAUUCCAUCCGGAUAAAAACCACGCUCCAGGUGCUACAGAGGCUUUUAAAGCUAUUGGAAAUGCGUAUGCUGUUCUGAGUAAUGCAAACAAAAGAAAACAGUACGAUCAGUGUGGAGAAGAGAGGAGGCAUCCUUCAGGCCCAGACAAUGAAAACUUUGAGCCGGACAUUUCACCUGAAGACCUCUUUAAUAUGUUCUUUGGUGGAGGUUACCCAACAAGUAAUGCUAAUGUGUUUCCCAAUGGGCGGAUGCGUCAGCCAAGGCGGGAGAGAAGAGAGCGGCCGCGAGAUGGAGGCCUGGCUCUCUUUGUGCAGAUCAUGCCAAUCCUCAUCCUGGUUAUUGUGUCAGCACUCAGUCAGAUCAUGGUGAACAGCCCCCCCUACAGCCUCAGCUACAGACCGUCAGCGGGUUACACGCAGAAGAGGCUGACUGAGAACCUGAAGGUGCCAUAUUAUGUGGGGGAGCAGAUCUCCAGGGAGUUGACGGGAGGGAAUCUGAAGAAUUUGGAGAGGACGGUUGAGGAUGAUUAUAUUUCCAACCUGCGUAAUAACUGCUGGAAGGAGAAACAGCAAAAAGAGGGCAUGCUCUACAGAGCUCGCUAUUUCGGUGACACCGAUCUGUAUCAGAGAGCUCAGAGGGCCCGCACACCGAGCUGCGCCAAGCUGUCAGAGAUCACAGCUUCACUACAUGGAUGAGGCUACUUUCAUCAUCAAAAAGUUUCCAGAAUCAACACAAAAGAUAACCGGCUGUAAAUAAAUGAGCUUUAAGUAUCAGGAAACUGAAGACGAAUCAACAAGUAACUCGAACAAACCAGCAACGAUCUGCAUCAAAAUGACCACAUGAACUGGUUGAAACCAUUUCAGUGGAAUCCUAGUCUGUGAAAUGAAAACAUGAAGUUAUUUUAGUGUUUGAAAAAAAAAAAGGAAAAGCCACUUUAAAUAAGCUUGUCCUGCUGACGAGAUAAAGGGGUUUUGGACUACCUCCAAGCCCCAGUUGUGACUGAGAGCCAUGAUGAAGCAGGCGGGGGGCCUCUUCAUCGUUUUUUUUUUUUCUGCAAACGCAGCAAGAAACCAGAGCGUAGAUACAGUCGCACAGAUGUUAUUUAUGUCGUAGCUGUUUAGAAACCACAACGAAUGCUUCCUCUUUCUUUUCAUGCCGUUAGAUCAGCAGAGGAGACAAGUCCAAGGGAGAGUUGCUGUUUUUGCUUCAAAUGCACAUUCUGAAACUAUGCAGGAAUAAUGUGAAACCUCUGAUGAAUAUACACUUGUGUAUUUGUUUGACACUUUACAACUUAUUUGUCUUCUGCUGCUGCUGCUGUGUGUGAGAGACAAUAUUUAGGAAAUGUCCCUUUACACUUAGCCUCUUUUAACUGUAUUAAUUAUAGAACCGUGUAGAAUUUAUUUGUGUUCAUUCACAAUCAAAGCUAAGAGAAGAAAUAGACGUAGUUACCCCACAAGGUGGGACUGUAAGAGUUCUGGUUUCACAACCAAAUGUCUAAUGAAUGACUGAUGGAAUGAGCAUUUUUGUCACACUUAUUGUAUGCCAUUUAUUUAACGACUUAUUUAUUUAAAAGAAAAUAUGUUAUCAGACUAAGAAAAUAAUCCAACCCUUGCUCACUUUUUCCACCCUGUUUUUACUCCCAGAUGAAAUAAAAUAUGGAUGCUUGAAA